AAAGUUAAAAGAAAAUUAAUAUCAUCUUAUGAUGAAAUAGAAAGAAGAAAAGAAAGUAGUACUGACAGUGAUUCAGAUGUGUCUUCAGAGAAGAAAAGUCAAGUGAGAAGUUAUAAUAAACAAAUGAAAAAAAGGAGACGAAUAAAACAGAUGUCACAGUCAUCUGAAGAUAACAGUGAUGACGAUGUUCAAAUUAUUUCAGAGAAUCAAGAUCAAGGAGAUACACCCAUUGGGAAAGGAAGAAAAAAUAUCAGAAAAUUGAUAUCUGAUAAAAUGUUGAGAGAAGAAACUAAAGCUGCUGCUCAAGCUGAACUAGAACGAAAAAGGCGUAUUUUAGAAAGACAAAAAGCAUACAAUCACACUGUUAUAGAAGUUACUGAGACUGGAGAGUGUGUAACUAAAAAGCUAGUUCUAGAAGUUGAUGAAGAAAACAAAGAAGAAAUAAUUCAAGUACAUCCAAGUCUUAUUGUUAAACUGAAACCUCAUCAAGUAGAAGGUGUCAAAUUUAUGUGGGAGGGCACAAUAGAAUCAUUAAAACAAUUGAAUUCUACUCCAGGAUCUGGAUGCAUUUUGGCACAUUGUAUGGGUUUGGGUAAAACAUUACAGGUUAUUGUUUUUACUCAUACAUUAUUGACAAAUGAAUUUACUAAAAAAGUUAUUAGAACUUGUUUGGUCAUAUGUCCAUAUAAUACUAUACUAAAUUGGGCUCAGGAAUAUGAAACAUGGUUGGAUGAAGAUGAACUUAAACUAAGUGUAAGUUUUUUAUUAAAGAAUAUAUUUAAAAUCUCUAUUCUUUUCUAA